UAUGCGUUCGGAGUGGAUGAUUUCGCUGAUAUGUACGCUGAAAAGCUGAAAAUAGCUAAGUCAGAACUGACGAACGCUUUAUUUGGGGAUUUUUGUUUAUCUGGUGGAAAAAUUAAGAACGAUGCUGCUUCCCGUGGCAAAAAGACAUUAUUCGUGCAACUUGUGUUGGAGCCGUUAUGGGCACUCCACGAUUGCGGACUGGUUGAUAAUGACUUGCAAAAACUAAUAAAUAUGAUGGGUAAACUUGGAGUGACAAUAAAAUCUCGUCGCAUUCUUGACGCUUUUGAUGAAGGUAUGAGAACAUGGCUCCCUCUGCCGGCCGCAUGUUUCAAAGCGUGUGCUCGAGCGCCUUCUGCGCGAACUGCUUUCCGAAACAAUCAUCGGUUAUACCUCGUGGGCAAUAAGGAAACGCACCCACUUGCUCAAGCUAUUCAGGACUGCUCUCCAGAAGCACUUGUUGUGAAAUUUAUCCGGUUCGAGGAUCGUAAACUAGCCGUAUGCCGUCUUUUCAGUGGACGGAUCAUUACUGGAGCGAGUUUGUAUGUCCUAGGGCGAAAGCAAGUGAUGGAUGGUUCGGAGCCUUUAAAAGUGACCGUGGAUGGUGUGUGGGCGUUGCGAGGUCGAGACUUGCUUCCUUUGGAGAAGGCCACGGCGGGAGUGAUUUGCGCCAUUGAUGCUAAAGGGCUUAUACAAAAUUCUACUUUAUGCUCGGAAGCCGUCAGCGAAGGUUUGGAUGUUGGAUUGAAACAGGGAGAACCUUUGGUCAGGGUGUCAGUUAAUACUGCCAAUCUGGAGGAUAUGGACAAUUUGAAAGAAGGUCUCAAAAUGCUUUCGGUGCUGGAUCCGAGUCUUCGAGUGCUUGAGCUUGACAAUGGAGAGUUGGCUAUGGUCACUGCAGGUGAAGUUCACCUGCAGAAAUGUCUCAAGGAUUUGGAAGAUAUUGGUUUCACAGAUUUAGAGGUAUCGAAACCAAUUGUUCCAUUCUUGGAGACCGUAGUUCCAGACACGCAGCUGACGCUUGCUCAAAUUCAAGAUCAAAUAACGGAGUGCCGAGUACGUGGCGAAUCGCUGCACCUCCGUCUACGAGCAGUCCCAUUACCAGAUGAGAUAGUCAACCUACUGGAAGAAUCUGCUGAAGUUUUGCAUCUGAUCAGAAGAGAAGGAAACAAGUUGUUGAGCGUCUGUGAAGAUCAUCUUCCCACAUGUCGGGGAUCGUGGUGGUACAAAAAGAGUAAAAACGAGAUUGCGGAGAUGAUCGAUAAGAUCUGGAGCUUUGGACCUGAUCGAGCGAAAGCAAACAUCCUUUUCAACGCGAUUCCAGAUUACCGGAGAAAGUCCAUAUGGGAGACCAAGUCCGAGAUCGGAGUGCGGCCAUUCGAUCAGGCAGUUAUGACCGGUUUUGAGCUUUUUGUCACAGCAGGUCCACUUUGCCACGAAGUGAUGAGAGGCGUUGCGGUUAUUAUUGAAGAAUGGACUGUAGAUGAGGAGGAUUCUGCGAUUGCCGGCCAGUUGAUGACAGUGGUUCGUGACACAUGCAGAGCGGCUGCGAAGAAGUUGGCGCUCCGACUAGUAGCAGCGACUUAUCGGUGUACAGUUACUACCGCCAGUCAAGCUCUUGGGAAAGUCCACGCUGUAUUGGCACAACGGAAGGCUAAGGUACUGAAUGAAGAUAUUAAUGAGGCGACAGGACUAUUUGAAGUGACAGCAUUGAUGCCGGUUGUGGAAUCCUUCUCAUUUUGCGAUCAUCUACGAAAAAAUACAUCGGGAAUGGCUAGCGCUCAGCUUGAAUUCAGUCACUGGCAGCUCAUUGAUGAGGAUCCAUAUUGGCAACCAACAACUCAAGAAGAAAUGGAAGAGUACGGUGAGAAAGGAGAUUCCCCUAACCAUGCUCGCGGUUACAUGGAUGCCGUACGACGCCGAAAAGGACUACCAACCGAUGAUGUUAUUGUGGUAUCAGCUGAAAAGCAAAGGAAUCUAACGAAAAAUAAAUAG